AUGGGGGGCGACCCAUCUCGGAGGAAUCAAAACUUGUACUGCACGUACCACAGAGAUAAAGGGCACACCACUGAGCAGUGCCGGGUAUUAAAAGAUCACUUGGGGCAACUAGUAAAGGCAAGGUAUUUGAAGGAAUUCGUAGUGGAUUCUGGUAACCGAGAUGUCGGCCAGGGUGCUCAGCAGAAAAGGAAUCCCCUCCCACCACCGUUGGGAGUGAUCGAGGUCAUCCAUGCCGCCCCGAGGAGUGUGGCCGCUGAUAGGAGGGAAGAUUUGGAGGGGACGAUCCAACCUUAUGAUGAUGCGUUGGUAGUAACAACACGGAUAAGCGGCUUCUUGGUGAAAAGAGUGAUGAUAGAUCAGGGAAGUGGAGUUGAUGUAAUGUACCCAGAUUUUUUCGAGGGGCUCGGACAAAAGAAUCAGGACUUGGUGAAAUAUGACACGCCGCUGGUCUCGUUUAACGGAAGAGUCGUGAUCCCCGAGGGUCAAAUUUCUCUCUCGGUGGACAUGGAAGGCAAGGAAGUAAUGGUAACCUUCAUAGUAGUCAGGUCAUUCUCGCCGUACACUGCAAUCCUAGGAAGGCCGUGGAUUCACGCAAUGAAGGCUGUUUCGUCCACCCUGCACGUGAAAGUCAAAUUUCCCAUCGAGUAUGGAGUUGCCGUGGUACGAGGAAACCAGCGAGUGGCUAGGCAGUGUCUGGUCGCCGUGGUCAGGUGGAAGGGCGAACAGGUUGGACAAACGGAAACCACCGAAAGAGAAACUUUAUAG